GAGAGCUGUGGUCUGCAUACUGUGAAGUAUUGUCAAGGCAUCUACCACUGUAUGCGAUACGAAGAACCUCCGAAGCCUACCUCCCUCAAUUCUAGCAUCCACAUCAAUGGCGUCCCUCAACCUCUCUACAAACGGUCCGUCGAUUACAAAGAGCUAUCAAGCUGUCGUAAAUGCCGCUCCGGCGACCACAGGAGCUGCUGCUUCGCCGACUUAUGCGCAAUGGGCCGUGUUUAGUGUGACAACUCCGCUCGUCAAUGCAUUUCAGCCGGAUGCGGGGAAUAAGGAAAGUGUAUUGAAAGUUCAAAGCAGUGACGAAGGAGAGCUGGUGGACCUGAUUGAAGAUUUCUCCGAGGGCAAGAUUCAGUUUGCGUUUGUGAAAGUGAAAGACCCCAACACAGGGCUUCCAAAGAACGUUCUUAUCGCGUGGUGUGGGGAAGGAGUGCCUGAAAGGACCAAGGGGUAUUUCAACAGCCAUCUUGCUGCCGUGGGACGCUUCCUUCAAGGCUACCAUGUCCAGAUAACCGCUCGAUCGGAUGGUGAUCUAACACCAGAAGGCAUUCUCCAGAAAGUCUCCGAUGCUUCAGGAGCUAAAUACUCAGCAACCAAUACCCCCGCCUCGAGUGAACCUGUCAAGCCCCCCGUGGCUACCAAGCCGGUAUUCACAGCCACUCGAUCCGGCGGUGUUGUGCCUCCACCCGGCGCUCGCACACUGGCUCCUAUCUCAAAAGCCCCAGUCGAUGAUGAUGGCUGGGGUGCAGAUGCACCGCCCGUUACCCGCACAGAGCUAGAGAAAGUACCCUCAGCUUACAAGCCCACAAAGGUCGAUAUCAAUCAGCUUACUUCUCAGAAACAACCUGAACCCCAAUUCAAACAGACUCCAGUGGAGGAAAGAUCAGACGUGGUCAAGGGUGGAUAUCAGCCGAUUGGUAAAGUAGAUAUCUCAGCUAUCCGACGACAAGCUCGUGAAUCCGGCCAAGCUGGCGAUGACCGACCGGAACCUGUGAAGGGAGCUUAUCAGCCAGUCGGAAAAGUGGAUAUCGCGGCAAUUCGUGCUAAGGCUCAGCCGACUCCAGAGAGAAGUGCUCCUGAACCCCAGCCAGAGUCCGAGGAACGUAAGACCUUGGCAGAGCGUUCGGCUGCUUUCCAACAACCUGCUGAACGCUUGACAAGCCUUCCUAAGCCGAAGGUUGCCAAUCGGUUUGGCGGUGCUUCGAAUUUCACGGGCACAAAGGCACCUCUUCCGACUGAAUUUGGUGUCAAGCCACCUACUGCAGCUCCGGUCACCUCGACUAGCAGAACUUUUGCUGACGAAGGAGGCAAAACUCCCGCUCAGUUAUGGGCAGAGAGAAAGGCCAGGGAAAGAGGUGCUGUACCUGCACCCAGUGCACCACCAAGCGAACCUGUGAAUAGACAGGUAUCAGGUGAUGGCGGGUGGAAGAGUUCGUACACUGGAAAGUCUUGGGCUCCGGUUCAGACAACCCAUACUGGUCACUCUGCAAGCAGUGCGACUGCACGAUAUGAUGGUGAGGCGGCAUCAGAGUCAACCAGAGACAUUUCCGGUGCAGCAGAUGUUCCACCGCCACCUCCCCUGGACCACACUAACAAGCCAAAUGCUGGUCAGAAAAUUCCCUUGCCCGGUUUUCCUGCAGCACCAGUGCCUACAGAGGAGGAGGCUCCUGAAAAAGAAACCAAGCAGGAUCUCCCCCCGCCACCUCCUCAGCCUCGCUCUCCUACACCACCUACACCAGCUCAUAGAGAAGCCUCGCCUAUCCGGGUAGCAAUACCCGUCAGCCGUGCAGCUCCUGAGACAUUAGUACAAGACGCCCACGAGGAAGUUCAUUCACCACCUCAGGCUCUCCCGAUCCGCAGUCUAGAGCAAGUUGUUCCAGACGAAACCGAGCUUGAAGAGGAACAAGCCCACGAUACUGGUCGUGCAGUUGCCGAAACCUCUGCACAAGUUGCGGCUACAUCACAAUCUAUCCGCGCCAUUGUCCAGUAUGAUUACGAGAAAGCGGAAGAUAAUGAGAUUGAACUUAAAGAAGGUGAAUACGUUAUCGACAUUGAGAUGGUUGACGAAGAUUGGUGGUUGGGCGUUAAUGUGCAUGGACACCGUGGCUUGUUCCCUAGCAACUAUGUUGAAGUCGUUGAACAGGCUUCUGAUGUUGCCCAGCAAGAAGAAGCUAUUGCGCACGAAGAUCAUCAUGCACAGGAACCCGAAGCAACAGAGCCUGAGCCUGAGGCCAGCCACCAUGCUACCGCUGGUCAUGCUGAAACCAGCGGCCACACUGCAACGGCGUUGUAUGAUUACGAGGCUGCCGAAGAUAACGAAUUAAGCUUCCCGGAUGGAGCUAAGAUCGUGAACAUUGAGUUCCCCGACGAGGACUGGUGGUCUGGCGAAUACGAUGGCAAGGUCGGUCUUUUCCCAGCCAACUAUGUGGAAUUGGACCAGUAGAAGAGGUCCUAGGUUCUGUGGUAUAUUUUUAUCUUUUCUCUCUUUUGGUUGUUUGCCUUUUUCCUGGGAGGGAGUCAGAGCUUGCUCAAUAAACAAGCGAAAUUCCUUGGAAAUAGUGAAAAGCCGAAACUUUGGUUAUUAAGCGAUUUGUAAAUUUGGAUUAGUUUCAGGAAUUCUGUUUUCUGUGAAGUGAUAAGUGUAUAGCGA